AUGUCACACAAUGAAAAGCCUCAGGAUAAAGUAUUAAGAAUUCGAUCAGGUACUCCACAAGGCAGAUCCAGCCUUCAAAGAUCAAGAUCUCCUUUAAUAGAGCAGACAUCUUUACAAGCUAUCAAUUUAAAAUCAAAAAUUGAUAUACAGCUCUAUUCCAAAGAUGCAGUAAGAACGCUUACACAUGAAAAUUUAUCUAAGUCACGAUCACAGUCCAGAUUAAAACUAAAUUCCUCAUUAAAAGCAAAAAGCCCAGAAAGCCUAUUCACAACAAGUUUUGCUGAUAUAGAACAAACUAAUUCUGAUUACGCAACUCCGUCAACUAAGUCAACAAUAGAAAAACAUAUUGAUAUCUAUGCAUUUGAAUCAAAAAUUAAUUACCAUUUACAAAGAUUUGGCGAAGAGAGCGCCACUAGCUUUGACAAGUUCAAAAUUUAUAAUCAAAUGUGGGAUGAGCUUAUUUCAAUAGAAAACCCAUAUUCAAAAGUGAUGAGGCAGAUAAAAAAUGGAUAUGAUGAGUGGAUAAAUUUUUUAGAAAAAGAAUUAAAAACAAAAACCAGCGAAAUUGCUGCGUUAAAUAGCAAGCUUAAAGAAGAAGCCCACACAUUAAAAUUGUUCAGAAAAAGGUUUAAAAAGCUUGCUAUUGAAAAUAUGGAAUUAAAUUCAAAUUUAAGUGAUAAAAAUAAAGAAAAUGAUUUAUUACAAGAAAAAAUCGAUUCUUUGAAAGUGAUAUUGAAGAAUGAAAAGAAAAAUAACAAAGAAGUGAUAAAGGAUACGAAAAAUGACAAUGAUACGCUAAAAGAGCUUCUUAAGCAGUCAAAAGAUUACGCAAAAGAGUUAAAACAGAGACUGAAAAUAUUUAGAGAUCUGGUGAAUGCAGUUAAGUCUAACGGAAUCCCAGUUGAAGAUAUUUAUAAUCAGAUAGUAAAAAGUAAAGCAAGACCAGCUAUUAUUAAUUCAAUUGAUUCGAAAAUCUCAUUUGGCUCUUCCAAUUCUCUUUUGAACCAAAUGUCAAGUAAAGAUCUUGACCACUUAAGUACAAUUGACUUCAUUUACUCCCCAAGCGCUGUUUGCAGUGACAUCGGAGAGAUUCUCACAUACAAAGAAUCCAACGAAGACUCAGUAUUUAAUGCUUUAUAGCCCACGCCUUCUUUUGGCUCGGCUAUGCCGACGUCUGAAGAGGAGUUAGUUUUGCCAGCAUUUAUUGGUUCCCAGAUGACCAGUCCACUUUAUAUCAGAGAUUUGCCAUCUGGGUAGUUGGUUUUACCACAAAAUGUUGAUAAAGCCAAACCCUUCUGAAGUUAGGAGCCCGAGCCAAAAGCAGGCUUAGGCUAUAUCUGAAAUAAAAGAUGUAUAG